UUCCGAAGAACUCAUCAGUAAUUGUUCGAAGACUCCCUGCUGGAGGAGUUAAAGCUACCAGCAAAACAUAUGUUAGAAGUCGAACUGAGCCAGUGAGUGGAACAUCAAAAGCCAUUGAUGACUCUUCUGCAUCUCUUUCUCUGGCCCAGCUUAUUAAGACUGCCAAUCUGGCUGAAGCCAAUGCUUCCGAAGAAGACAAAAUAAAAGCUAUGAUGAUACAGUCUUGCCGUGAAUAUGAUCCGAUCAAUUACAUGAAGAAACCCUUGGGUCCACCUCCACCGUCAUAUACUUGCUUUCGUUGCGGAAAACCUGGCCACUAUAUAAAGAACUGCCCAACAAAUGGGGACAAAGAUUUUGAGCCUGUUCCCAGAAUGAAGAAGAGCACAGGGAUUCCAAGGAGUUUCAUGAUGGAGGUGAAAGAUCCCAAUACAAAGGGCGCUAUGCUGACAAACACUGGAAAAUAUGCAAUACCAAUUAUUAAUGCGGAAGCUUAUGCUAGAGGAAAGAAGGAAAAGCCUCCCUUUUCACCAGAGGAGCCGUCCUCCUCCUCCUCCUCCUCCUCAGACGACCGUAUUCCACAUGAUUUGUUAUGUCUCAUUUGUAAAGAUACAAUGACUGAUGCAGUUGUUAUUCCCUGCUGUGGAAACAGUUAUUGUGACGAAUGUAUUAGAACGGCAUUACUGGACUCUGAGGAACAUACGUGCCCAACGUGUCAUCAGACAGCUGUUUCUCCUGAUGCUUUAGUUGCCAACAAGUGCCUACGCCAGGCUGUGAACAACUUCAGAAAUGGAACUGGCUACACAAAAGGGCUCCUUAAGCAGGUUCAGCAGCAACAGCAGCAGCAGCCGCCACCGCCACCACCUCCACCACCACUCACGACUGCCUGUUGGAAGAGAAGGUAA